AUGCCACUCACAAAAUCAUCAAAUAUAUCCCCGCGAUGGAUUCCGGGGGCUGUGCUUGUGCUGCUCAUCAUCUUCCUCACGAUUCAAAACGUAGGGAUCAGUCCAACACGCGAUUUCACGCCAUCACAUAAUACAAUUGCUAAAUCAACAGCAUCGACCGAAUCGUCACAGGGAAUAGUUAGCGAUGAAACACAUUCAUCUUUCACGAACCCAUCAGCAAGAAUGCACCCCCACACAUCAUAUCCCAUCGCCCCCCUCUAUUGUCCCACAACGCCAGGAGUGAACUUCCAACGAAUUCUAAAAGUCAAGCUGGAUAUAGAUCACCCCCUCUCAGCACAUCUUCAAUUUCUCACUGACCGUUUGUCCAAAUAUCGACUAUCGCCACAGAAUGUUCAUGUUGCGAAAGAUGGAUCAACGGCUUACGAGCUUUCUGGUGUUAACGAUAAGCUACUAGAUGUUAUUCUAACAGAUCCCGGGGUUUGGACUGUUGAGUGUUUGAAGGAGAUUUCAUUAAGUCCCUCGGGGGAGUUGAGGGCUCAGAGAUAG